AUGAGAACAGCGGGACCCGCUAGGCAGAGGAUACUCGCGAAAGGGACAAUAGUGGGGGCGCGCGCGGCCCGCUUCCCGUCACCCCGAGGCGGGUCGGCCGCGCGCCGCUGUCAGCCGCACUCACUCGUGCAUUAUGCGAGCGCACGUCCCUCAUUUGGAACGGAGCUGGCAGUGCAGCUGCGCCCCGUGUGUCGGCUGCUCGGGGAAAACGACUCCGAGGCUCCUGCUACGAGAGAGCGCUGUGAUCGACGACCCACCCCUCCCACCGGCUGCCGACGCAGCCCGCGCCACAGGUGUUCCGCGACGCCAGCGCCGCAGGUGGACGCGUCCAUAAGCUGGACGCCUGCUGUGGGCAGUGUUGGUCGCGGGUCGCAGCAGCAGCAGCAGCAGAAGCAACGGCGGCCUAUGGAGGGUCGCAGGGCGCGCUCGCGCUGCAUCUUCCUGUGCUGCGUGGCGGCCGCGGCGGCCGUGUCACUGCUCUACGUCGCCACACUGGACGCCUGGCAGCGGCCCGACCGUGAGUCCGGCUGGCGGCGCCGCCUGCUGGUGUCCACCCCCGGCUGCGAGCUGCCCGCCAUGGAGCUGCGCUCCGCCGCGGUGGCGCCCUACCUGCAGCGGGAGCCGGCGCCGCCCUGCCUGGGCGCCAGCCCCGCCGUGCUGUCCAACGCGACGCACCUCUGGACGCGGGACCGCCGCCCAGACUGCUGCCUGCAGCUCCUGCUGCCGCGGCCGCGCUCCGACUCUGCCUACUCGGUGACGAACGGGUGCAUGCCGCUGCCGGCGUCCGGGCUGCGCGUGUUGGACAGCGAGGGCGGCGGUCCCGAGUUUGUGCGCGUCUCGUGCCCCGGCGAGCGCUGGCAGGACCUGCACGCCUUCGUGCCCCUAACCAUGCCCGCCUACAACUGCUCCGCUGCUGACGGCUCCUGCGGCGGGGAAACGGCGGCGAACGACUCUGUGAACGUGCUGAUGCUGGGCCUGGACGCCGUCUCGAGACUCAACUUCCACCGCCAGAUGCCUCUGACUGCCGACAUGCUACAGGAACUCGACGCCAUCGAGAUGCUGGGCUAUAACAAGGUGGGCGACAACACGUUCCCCAACAUGCUGGCGGCGCUCAGCGGCCACACGGAGCGUGAGCUGCGGGACUCCUGCUGGGACGGCAAGGCGGCCUUCAACCCCUGCCCCUGGGUCUGGUACAACUACAGCGCAGCAGGACACCGGACGAUGUUCAUCGAGGACUCUCCGUACCUGGGCAUGUUCCACUUCGAGAAGCCGGGCUUCUCCGAGCCUCCCACGGACUACUACCCUCGACCCUACAUGCGCGCCGUCGACAAGGAAUUGGGCCACGCCGGCACCGAGACUACGAGCAGGUGCGCUGGCGAGAGGCUCCAGGUGUCCGUGUUGCUGACGUACGUUCGCAAGUUCGUGGAAGCGAUGGGCUCUGCUGGCUGGCGCUACUGGGCACUGGGCUGGAGCACGUCCGUGACGCACGAUCGGCUCAACGGUCCGCAGCUGGCGGAUAGCGAGCUCAGCAGCUUUCUGCGCUGGCUGAGGGACACGGGUGCACUGCAGUCCACCGUGCUCGUGCUGCUCAGCGACCACGGCAUUCGCGCCGGCGCUUUCCGGCAGACGCGGCAGGGCCAGCUGGAGGAGCGGCUGCCGCUGCUGGCCGUGGCGCUGCCCCCCUGGUUCUCCCAGCGCUACCGCGCCGCCGCGCGCAACCUGCGGCGCAACGCGCGCCGCCUCAGCACGCCCUUCGACCUGCACCGCACGCUGCUCGACCUGGUCCGGCCCGACCGCGCGCUCCUCGACCACCAGCUGCUGCGCCGCAGAGAGCGAGAGCCAGGCCGCGGCCGCAGCCUGUUCACGGCGCUGCCGGAGUCGCGCACGUGCGCCGACGCGGGCGUGCACGUGCACUGGUGCGCGUGCAAGCGCGGCACGCGGCCGCUGGCGGCGCAGUCGGGGCUGGCGCGCGCCGCCGCGCAGCGCUUCGUGCACCAGCUGAACGCGCGCCUCGCGCCGCUGCGCGCGGCCCGCGGGGGCAGGGCCGGGGGAGAGCGGCUGUGCGCGCAGCUGCGCCUGCGCCGCGUGCUCUCCGCGCUGCGCAGCCCGCACGACGUCACCGUCACCCUGGAGACGGCGCCGGGCGGCGCCGUCAGCCGCGUCAACAUGUACGGCAACCAGAGCGCCUGCAUCUCCGACUUCCACCUCAAGCUCUUCUGCUACUGCGUCUCCUAG